AUGGGGCUCAUCCGACCGGACGCGCAGAGACAGCGGCGGGAGGUGCCUCGCGAGACAAUGUUGACUGCCACCCGAAACGAGCGAAUCGACAAUUUCGGCCCGACAGACAAUCCGCAGCUAACGGGAAAGAUACCCACCGAAUGCCACAACCUCGGAGCUUUCGAUCAACGAAUCUCGCGCCGCGAUCGGGUCAAACCAGUCGGAAUUGCACGCGGAAGAAGAAGCAACUUAUUGGAAGAAGAACAAAAAUCCUAUGUGAUUGUGUGUGAUAACGCGCCCUGUCACUCUGAACCGGAAAACGUCGUUGCCGGAGGAAGAGUGAGCAUUCCCAGACUUGCUCCAUAUUCUCCAGCAUUGACUCCGAUUGAAAUGAUAUGCAGUAUUACAAAACGUUACAUCAAAACGGAGCCCCGAAAUAAACAUGUCAAGAUCAUGACGGGUGAUCCUGAAGGAUCAAUGAUUCAACAGGAUUGGGGAAUGACAUGUUUGGAAAGCAUUGCUGGUGAUGCUAAGUCUUAA